AACUGUGACUAGACUUGCUGGUGCUUGUAGUUCACCCAGCUAGCACCGGAUGCCUGCGCCUCCUUACGCCGUGUGGAAUAGCCCUGUGCCCGCUGUGAUCACCCGGAGGGAGGUCUCUAUCCACUCUGAGGACUAGAUGAUGCGGAGAAGCAGUUCCUCUACCUAUAGCACGGGCCUGUCCUCUCAUUCCUCCCUGGCUUAGCCGGCUUCCUGCCCCUUCCGGAUGUCCCGGGCUAAGGCUCCACCUUGUACACAAGUAGACGGGAGCUACAGAGAGCGAGAGGUCCUGCGGGAGGUGAGUGUGGCUGAGCCGUCCUGGGACAGAUUUUGAUCUGAACUCCUAUGGCUUGGCUGGAGAUCCCCCGAGAAAAUCUCUACUUGUCCGAGCAGGUGAUCGUUCUGGUAUCCUGUGGACUUUCUUUUCUUGGCUCUGUACUUAUAAUCUUCACCUACGUCCACUGGCCAGAGCUCAGGAGUCGCCCACGCCAGCUGCUUCUCUUCCUAUCGGUGGUUGACUUGUUCUCUGCUGCUUCCUACUUCUAUGGAGUCCUGCGAGACUUCCAGACCACAAGCUGGGAUUGCGUGGCCCAGGGUGCACUCUCCACCUUCUCCAACACCAGCUCUUUCUUCUGGACAAUGGCCGUUGCCCUUUAUCUGUAUAUCACUAUUGUGCACUCCCAGCAGAGUCUCGCGGAACACAUGAUUUACUGGUUCCAUCUAAUCAGCUGGGGUGUUCCGCUGCUGAUUACUGUAGCUGCAGUGUGUCUGCAGAAGAUUGGCUAUGAUGCAUCCUAUGUUUCGGUCGGUUGGUGCUGGAUUAACAUACAGGCCGAGGAUAGGCUUACAUGGAUGCUUCUGGCUGGGAAGGCCUGGGAGAUCCUGGCUUAUCUUGUUUUACCCGUGCUGUACAUCAGAAUAAGGAAGCACAUCGGCAGAGCGCAUCGGGCUCUGUCUGAAUACCGUCCAAUCCUGUCAGCUGCUGCUGCUCCCGUGUACCAGCCCAGAACUAUAGCAGACAAGAAGCUUGUCUUCAUCCCCAUCAUCUUCAUCUUCCUCCGUAUCUGGAGCACCAUACGCUUCAUUCUGACUUUAUGCGACUCCCCAGCAGUUCACAACCCCAUCCUUGUCGUCUUGCAUGGUAUUGGAAAUAGUUUCCAGGGAGGAGCGAACUGCAUUAUGUUUGUCCUGUGCACACGGGUCAUCAGAUCGCGUUUGCUGACAGCAUUGCGUUGUUGCUGCUGUAAGUCGGCGGACUUCAGGGAAAAUGCUGUGUCUGAGGGAUCUGCAUCUGGCUAUGGCUCCACAACAGGAACACAAGACAGCCAAAAGUGGUCUGCGCAUCUACCCAGCACCUGAUCCUGCUGCUGUACCUGCCAUCUGCCCAUUCCGUGGCUCAGCAAGUUUCCUGUGCACCUUCCUUCUUAGACUUUAUCAUGCACAGGAUGGCUGCCUUUUUCACUGGCUUAAGGCCUGCGGAAACAUAGACAAAAUAGUUGGUUAAGAGUUUGCAGUGUGAGUGGAGUUUCAGUGAGCAAUAUGUAAUGAAGCUGCAAAAUGUACACAGCGUUCAGGUAGUGUUGUACGCUGAGAUUAGACUUCUGUCGUUAUCUAUUCAGUAUUCCACAUACAGAAUUAUUUAAUGAUGUGCACCGUGGGAACCCCUGUUCUACAUUUACAGUACAUCAUUGACCCUUCUGUGAAUACGAUGACUUAAGUCUCAUUCUGUUCUUUCGGUAUGCAAUGGGGCUCAUUAUAGUACCCCUUAGUUUCACUUGGUUGGCAGCUUACACAGAAUAUCCGAAGUGUCAAUCAACACUUAAACAUAAAAGCCAAACAAGUGCAUAAUCUUAUAUAGGCGCUCUCAAUGUAAAUUAAAAAUACUAUUAUUAAUAUUAUAAUAUUUUUCAUUUACAUAAGAUUAUCAAUGAAUGCUAUAUGCCACAGAUGAUCCUUGGGUCACCAAGAUAAUUCUUCAUAUUUGGGAUAAAGCCAUGUUCAAUGUAGUCAACUGGUUGAAAGGCCAGAUCUAUGCAAUUUUAUUUCAGACAGGCAAUGAAUUGAUCUUAGUGUAUUUUUCGUCUAGUUAAUGGUGUUUAUUAUGGUACACGUUUUCUUAUUUGCAUACUAGUAAUAACUCAUUAAAAUAUUGUUUUUGAAGACCCUUAAGAGGCAGCUUAAUCAAAAUAGGCAUGUGACCGUUCUGCACUGCCCACCCUGUACUGGGAAUAUGAUUGAUUAAUACACACACAUACAAUGAUUCUGGUCAUAAUCCACCCAAAGUUUCUGGAUCAAAUAUGAUCUCAUGAAAUUAGUUAACCAAAUCUGCAUGCAUGUGAGACUACUGCAACCUUUUCAAGAGAGUGCUUAAAAGAAAGUAUAAUCACUUUACCAGUUGCAUAACUAUUUGUCAAUUUGGAUUUGUUUUAUUUCAUAAAGAACAGUGGGUAAAAUGCAAAUCAGUUAUAAACCUUUUAUAACAUUCUAAGUCAGUGAUGGGGAACCUUUGGCACUAUAGCUGUUGUUGAACUACACGUCCCAGCAUGCCCUGCUACAGUUUUAGCAUGGCCAAAUAGCAAAACUGUAGCAGGGCAUGCUGGGAUGUGUAGUUUAACAACAGCUGGAGUGCCAAAGGUUCCCCAUCACUGUUCUAAGUAGAUGAAUGUGAUGGUACAAAAUAGGCUUUUUCCUUUGCUUUCCUCACUUUUAAAUUUUUUUUCCAGGUCUGCAAAAUAUUCAGGAAGUGAGCAGUGCAGGGAAAAUGUGUCACUUAUAUGUAAACCACACACAAUGGUUCCAAUGUUUCAGAGAAUUUUCUCACUGUCUGGAAACUGGUUUAAGUAUAUACAGCAUCAAAGGAGUUAUUCCAUUGCAUAUAUAUAGUGUAUGUAUAUCUAUAUGUGUACGUAUAGCCAUAUGUAUGUGUAUAUAUUUAUACUGAGAGUGAGUUUUAGGUUUCUUUUACAUGGAAGUGCCAAUUAUUCCUAGCUAUAGUAUGUUUUCCCUUUCAUUUGAACAAUGUUACUUGUCGCAUAGUGGUACAGUUUGUAUGUACACUGCUAGCUGUAACUGAGUGUGAAACAGUUAUGUAUAGAGAAAUAGAUAUGAAGUAAUGUAUUCCUUUUAUUUAAAUUAUGUUGGCUGUGGCCAAAAUGUCCUGUGACUGUGUAAAGACGCAAGGCUGCACACUGAGUGCUUAUAUACAAGUACCGGAAAUCUGAGGUGACUCCCCUAUAAUAACAAUUAUAAUCCCUUUAUAAUACACACAUUUGUUAUUAUGAUUAUACCUGCGGAGUGAGUACACAGAAUGGCAGGAGAUCCUAACCAUGAAUCGUGACCACUGAUAUUUGCUAUGCAGCCUCUUCUGUAUAGUAAUCCCAGGUAUUCUGUGAUGUGAUAACCAGACACAGAGGAAAGCAGCUGAUAGAGGUAUAUAAAUACCUCGCACACCUCCAUGGUGGAAUUCUGGCACUCCAUAUCUGCAGAUGUUUUGUUGUGAGAUUAGAAAAUGACAAUCUUGUAUAUGUUAAGCAGAACAAUUCUAAGAAUUAAAUAACUCCUGGUGUUUUAGACAGGAAAAGUGCCUCCUGUUAUGUACUGUACUUGUGAUGAUUAUCAAUGAACUGACUUAAGCAAUAUUAAAGCAAAUAUUUAUAUAUAUA